AUGACCGUGUGUACCCACUGCAAGGCUCGACACUGGGAGUGCGAAAGGACGAAGUCGACCGGACACUUCAGCACGUGCUGCUCGCAGGGCAAGGUGCAGCUACCUCCCUCUCUCCGGCCCAAUCCCAACUUUCAACAGCUACUUGAAGGCUCGGAUAGCGGUCAGUUGCUCCGUCCAACGUCAUUCGUCUGUAGUAGACCCACAUGCUGAACUGUGCGACCCACCUACACAGAAGCUAAGGCAUUGCGGCGUUCCGCGAGAAUGCCCGGUGGUACAACAACGCGCUGUCGUUCACUUCGCUCGCUACCCACUUUGACCAGACUCGACCAGGCACUCAAGGACCCCGCAUGUUUUGCGUUUUUGGUUGCUUUUAGCAUCGACUCGCCGCCUUGAUUCCUGCCGUCAAUCAACGUCCAGCCUUUGCCCACAUGGCUCAUCGACCCGGCCGAGGCCACUGAUACUCGACUGGGACCCGACGGCGCAGACAGUCGCAUACAAAGAUCUACUUUGACCAACCUCGAGUCCAUGUUGCGUACCAAGAAUCACUUUGUGAGGGAGUUCGCAUCGGCCAAAACCCGCGCAGGUUGGGACACGGCCAAAGAGUCGGCCCUGCGCCUCUGCCUACCACCUGGCCGAGACCGACGCACCCACAACCUUCCUACGUCGAGCACGGAAAUGGCGAUGCUUAUCUGCGAUUCCGAGACCAACACGGGAGAUCGUGGACCUCAAGACCUUAUUCUCCAGGUGCACGGUGAUCGAUGUCCCGAUGGUCGGCCCAAGUACCAAGUCAUCAGCUCGCUCCAUCCGUCUGCGUUGCCUCUCCGGUACCCACUACUCUUACCCGCAGAGGAAGAUAGCUUCCACAUCAACAAAAGGACGGCGCUGAAAUACACCUACAAAGCAUACAAACUGGACCCGGACAGGCAACGUGAGAGGCUUACCAUUCCCGCACCGCAACGUAACUCUUUUGCCGCCCAUUUAGUAGGUUGGAGAUAG